AUUUUGUCACCAUUCAUCUGUGUUGGAUUCAUAUCAAAAUGUUUCAUAUUUUUGUUCACUAUCAAAGUUCUUUUUCAUGUACUUCUAAUUUCAUACUCUCUAUUUUCUGAUUUGAGCCAUUUAUUUAUUAUCUUUCUUUCUUGUUUUUUCUUUCCAAUCUGCAGUGCUGGCCCUCCGUCUCAAGUUAAGAAGACCACGAGAAGAGCUAGUUAGCCAAGGCAUCAUGCCCCCCCUCAAAGCCACAACGCCAGCAUUCCAUGAACAAAGACAGAGAUUAGAGAGAGCAAAGGUUGGAGACAGUCUACAGAGGAAGAUGAGAAUGAGACCAGACAAAGCUCAGCUUGUACAUCAACACAUACUAGAAGAUACGAACAUGGAGCCUAUGGUGAGUGCGACACAUCAGAGACUAAAGAGGGCCAGGAUAGAGCAGGACCUGGACUGCAAGAUCAAAAAUAGACCAGGUCCACUAGAGCUGAUUGAAGGGAACAUCCUGAAGGCAGAACAAUUUGUGGAGCAGGCCGUCAAAGACGGCAAGGUGAAGUUCCUGAAGACAAAUGAAAUGGAUACAUGUGAUGACUCACCGUAUAACUUUGAUGAGGACAGUCAAGAGGGGGGUAGCGAUGAACCCAUGUCACCCCCUCAGCUAUACUCACAACAGUCUGAUAAUCCUCCAAGCAGUGUGGGGAGUAUACCUUCACCCCCGGACUUUACUUCAUACUAUGAACACCACAUGAUUCCUCCUUCAAUAACUUCCAGCAGCCCCAUUCAGAUUAAGAUUCCAUCGACCCCUCCGACGACGAUGUCGAUGAUCACGAUAAAGCAGGAGCCGGGCAUCACCAGCCCUCCUCCGAUUGUCAGCUAUCCCAACACGGUCACGUCAUCGUCGCCGUCGAGCAGCAAGAGUGGGUCAUCGUCGUCGAGCUCGAAGAAUGCAAGGAAGAAACAGACUAAGAGGAAUAAGCCGAAGGAGAUCAAAUUCCAUGAGUACAAGCCUCCUAAUGAACAGGCAAACAAACUUGAAAUUCCACCAAAUGCCAGUAAUCCGUAUAACUUGCUGUUGAUGCAGCAACAACUGCUUCUGCAACUUCAGCUGUUGCAACAGCAACAUCACCAACUUAUUCUACCCAAUGCUCCAAACAUAAGCACAACUUCCAGCAAACUCUUGAGCAGCAAUCAUGGGUCCCAAUCUCCAAGUAGUACCACGGUGACCAGCUCGUCCUCACCGACACCUCAGGAUAACAAGUCUAGCGUGGCCAACUGCACCAAGACAAGGAUCCUCUCCAACCUGGAGGACAUGAAAGUAUCGGAGUUAAAGAUGGAGUUGAAAAACAGAGGACUUCAUGUGUCUGGCACAAAGCCUCAGCUUGUAGAGAGGUUACGCCCCUAUGCUGAUGUUUCCAUGUCCCCUGUCACGACGGCAAAUUCCUCUAAUCACGAUGUCACGUCCUCUUCAAGAACAAGUGGCACCAAGGUGACAAGUUCCACUGAUGCAGGCCAGGAAGUUGCUAGUGAGACAGGCAGCGCGAGGGCAUCCAUGAGUUCACCUCCUGUAUCGCCUCCCGACUUCAAAUCUCCAGUCUCGGUCUCAGCUUCUGAGAUGUCUGACCCUGCUUCUCCUGGCAGUGCCUUUGAUCCAAUGUCCCCUUCCACAUUCCAGAUGGCACCACCUCCAUCGGUCACCACCAACCCCAGCUCGGUUGUAUCGGCUUCCUCACCAACCAACGUGUUCAGCCCUAGCCCUGAGGCCCAACAGAAGCAGCAGAACCAUACCAACAUCCAGAUGCUCAACUCUUUCCAGAAUCAAACCUUUCAGAUGGAGUUGAACGACAGCAACUCUGUCAUGGAACAGAUGAUGGACAUGACUGCUCAGCUGGCAUACAGCGACUCGACGGUCAGCAGUGAUAUUCUACGCAAACAGCAGCAGAAGAUCGAAGAGCUUCAGAGGGCCCUUAGGUUAUCGCAGCUGCAGCUACAUCAACAUCAGACGAGCUUACAGUCACCUCUCCUCAGUCCACCGUCAGUACCGCCACCACCACCACCUCCUCAUCCUGCUGCUGCUGGAGCUACCGUUUUAUCACCCAUUUCUGGUUCUCCCAUCAAGCUAGCGAGCAUCAAUCCUCCUCCUCCUCCACCUCCUCCAAUCAGCAUCUCACCGACCUGCAAUCCUACACCAACAACCAUACCAUCAGCCAUCCAACAGCCACCCCCUCCAAUAACAGCAGUUCACAUCAAGGCCCAGUCUCCCCCGAAGCAGUCGUCCCCACCCGUAUUCCAACCUCCAGACUUUUCCCAAAGCCUUAACCAGCAGCAGAGGACAUUCACCUUCACCACGCCUCCACCCAACGGUCAACCCUUCUUCUUCUCAAAGACAACUCCAGAGGUCAAACCAUUGGCAUUGUCUAAUGGACUUGCGUCUGGUCAGAAGUCAUCAUCCUUGCCCAGCAGUCCGACCGAUCCAGAGACAGUGCUGGGUAUAAGUGGUGGGGCUAGUCUACCGGCCUACAACAGUCCGCCACCCAACUAUGAAGAGGCUGUCAGACAGACCAAGGAAAGAAAGGCUAACCUUGGCGCGCUUCUGAACCCUACCAACACGGAGACGGGAGAGCCUAGGAUGACCAAGAGCCAAGACCUUGAUGAUCUCCUGGAAGUCCUGGUUGAUCAUGGAUAUCAAAUCCCAGUAACUCCCAAGAAUAAGGAUGUGAUUAACCUGAGUCAAACCAGACUCCCUCCUCCACACAUCUCUCUGCCAAGCUUCACCAUGGCGACAACAUCUUCCAGCCAAAGGCUCACACAGGCAGUAGUGUCCAAUUCGACAACUACCAGCCAUCAUGGUAUGCCACAGAGUCCAAUGUCUCAUCCUCCUCCUCAUCCACCACCUCCUCACCCCCAGCAACAACAGCAGCAGCAACAGAAGCAGCAACAACAGCAGCAGCAGCAACAACAACAACAGCAGCAGCAGCAGCAUCACCAUCCAGCUGCGGCGACACCCAUCGCCAUCCCACAAUCUUCUUCUGCUCCUUCUCCAUCCCCCAUGGAGCUUCCAAUGGAUGUAGACACGGCCGACAUGACCCUCAAUGCACUCGACAUCGGUAAAUCCCAGCCGAGCAUUAGCAAGGAGCAGCAUCUAGUGUCGUCGGCCAACAUGGAUGAUAAAGACAAUGCCAAUAUCCUGUCCUUUGAUAUACCAAGUAUGCAGGUAGAUGGCGAGCGGGACAGCACGACUUUCUGGGCGUUCGGGGACCACCCAUCGCCCAGUGCUGGGAUGCUGUGUCCGCCGUCAAGCAACGAUGCCGACAUGAAUUGGCUGGAUGUGAUGAUGUCAUCAUCGGGAUCGGGGCUAACCCCCGUCAGUGUGACCCCACCCACUGGCAUCGACGCAGAGGGGUCACUAGGGACACCCCUAGGCAAAGAACCCUUUUCUCUCAACCUAUUUGAUUUGAAUGACGAUGCUUGGGACAAUAUACAUGUCACCGAUUGAUGAUGGUAUAUAGUAUGCUCCUAAUUUUUGUACCGUCCCAGAGAUCUUAUGAAGCAAAGCAUCGUCCUGUGACCAUCCUCCUUGUUCGAUCAGAAGUGCAGGCCAGAGGAUGACCUUGAAGGCAUCAUUGAUAGUGACCGUUUGGUUUGGAAGAGGAAGAAGACAGAGAUUCAAUGAUGAAGGAAGUGCACUGUCGUUAUCUGAACUCUGGGACAUGAAGCCAAUCAUGACAUUUCCAAAGGUCUAUCAUCGCCAUUUCAUCCAGCGCUGAAAAUACAGUCCCUUUUGCUUUGGAACAAAACAUCACCGGAAUUUUCUUUCUUGCGCUGGAUACGUGCUAUGAAUGGCGAUGCUGACAGAGACGUUGAUUUAUGAACGAUUCCAAAUUUUCUUAUCCUCAAUUUGUGUGAUGAAUAUCUGUUAGACGUCUUGAAACAAGUUAAUUGCAGUUGCAAUACUAGUAUGGUGGAGAAAAUGUAUGCUGUUGAAUGGAGUUUAUUGUGUUCAGGUGCCUUGACAUAUUUGUGUCAUUUUGCCAAGGAAAGUUUGAUAUACACAGAUGUAAGCAUUUACAAUUCACACCUUUGUAUGUGAUGGAGGUUGAUCAGGGAGAUUUUGAUCUCUGACUAUUUUGAAGAGAGAGGAGCUGAAGGACUCAAGUUUUAUUUUUUGAAAGAAGGAUUCUGCAAAGAUUUUCCUCUGUGUGGUUUGAAGAGGGAGAAAAGAGAUUAAUUCGGUAUUCAUCACAUUGAAGAAGAGAAUGAUUCUAUGAUUCCUUUAAAAAUUAUUCGUUUAUUCUUGUCUUGUUGGUCUGCUUUAGACCAUGCUGCUACGCACUUUGGAACAUAUUGUUCUCAAGAUUAUCUGAAUUUCAAUGUCAUUGGGCUGGAAUUCUCAAAUCUUGCUAGGUUUGUGGCCUCAAGUUUGCCUAUGUUUCGCCAUAGUUCAACAUUGAGAGAAAUUAUGUUUCAACAGAGUAUAAGGUUAUCAGAAUUUCAAUUGAAAAGACAGAAAUUCUCAAAUAUUGCUAGGUAUGUGGCCUCAAGUUUGGUUUUGUCUUAACAUACCGUAGUUCAAUUUUGUCAGAUUUUCAGUCGAGUGAACUGGAAUUCUCAAGUCUCGCUAGGUUUGUGGCCUCAAUGUUUGUUAAUGUUUCAGCAGAGUUUAAGAGUUUUAUUUAGUCACAUGUAGCUCUGUGCAGCGAAUGGAGGAGUAAGAAAACAUGUGCACUUCAGAUAUUAGAUAGUAUUUAUUUUUGUGGAUUCAUAUUUAUGUUCAUUUAUAAACUCAUAAAUGGGUUGAUGUAUGGUUUGGUAUAUAUGUUUUUAUUUUGUGUGGCAAUAUAUGUUUAGUUUCUUUAUGUUGUCAUGAUUUGAUAUUUUUUGUUUUUUUUGUUCAAGUGCUUCAUUUUUAAGUCAAGUUUAUGAGAGUACCAGAUUGAUAAGCAAACAAUCAUUAUAUUUGUGUAUUCAAAUUCAGUAAAAAUCUGCAAAGGCUUCUUCACUUUAUUUGAUUCACGUAAGGAACAAUUCAAGAAAGAAUAAGAUUAGUUUCUUGGAAUUUGUGCUUUGAAUUAGAUUUGACAUAACAAGAGGUAUAUGUGGUUUGUUUUGGACUAUAGAUUCAUAUUGCAUUGAAGAAAGUUGUUGUUAUAUGGGAGCCAGAGAAUAUACUAGGCCUGCAAGAGAAAACUAUUACAAAUAAAGCGAGAUAACCAACAAAAGAUAAUCAUUAUUUUCAGUACCGUACUCCAAAAGAUUUACAGCCAAAAUGCACCAUGAAGCCCUUCUGUUCUGCAGCCAGAAAUCCAUCUCAACGGUUCAUGUGUUCAAUACAGUAAUGUCUUUGGAUUAGGAAUGGCUACAAUGCCCUAGCCAAAACAGAAAGAGGUACAUCCUUGUGAAUUUCUUUCCCACGGAAGAUAUCAUGCAGAAGUAAACAAUGGAACAAACUAUUUUUUAUCAAAAUUUAACUCUCGAAUUUAGCUUCUUAAAUUUGUUCCUAUAUUUAGUGGCACAGAAGGAAUCAACUACAAACUUGCAUCAUGGUGUUGAAAACCGAGUGUGCUCUCUGAGGAGAAAGCCAUGUGCAUCUCGUUGCAGUUAGAUUCAUUUCAAUGACUUCUUUUGCAGGCCUAGUAGCUAUUUGUAAAGAAGGCUUACUCCUUUUCCUUUCCAUUGAAUUGUUCUAGCAAAAAGCAUUCCACCUCGUCUUAAAAGAUAGGGGUUACCAACAUGUUCUGUCUAUUUCUUGUGUUCUAUUUCUACUUUUUUCUCUUCUGUUCUUUCCUCUUCUCGCAAAGAUGCUUUAAUUUGGAAUGUAAAGUUAAAUCAGAACAUAUUGGGUUUAUACCCGAGCUUGAACAUAUUUCAGGUUGCUUGUUGUUUUUUUUAUUUCCAGUUUUGUUGAUAACUUCAGAUAUGUUUCUAUUUAAUUUAUCUUCUCUUGAACAUUUUUUCCAGUCAAGUAGGAUACACUAGUUGAAUGUGUAAAUAAGAGCGAGUAUACAAAUUGAUUAUUAAUAUUACUAUUGGCCAUAAUUAAUAUAACUGUAGAGUAAGAAUUUGGGGUUGUUUUGUGUAAUAUGUUAUAGUUAAGCAUUUAAUUAUGUCCCCCAUUAUAUAUUGAAGGUGUAUAUGUUGUUAAUAUGAACAGUGUAAAGUAAACAAACAAAAAAAUCUGUAUGAAAAUGUACAUAGUAUUCUGUUAUAUAGCGAGUGUGAUUUUUCUAACGAGUAAUGAUGGCCUAUCAUACAUAACCUGUAGAUAGUUAGGUGUUUAAAUGCUAUGCAAACAUCACUAUGUGAGGGUUACUAUUAAAGAGAAACGAUUUGCUGAGAUGUAUACUGGUCUUCCACAGGUAAUUAAUUGGGAUAUAUUUUGAUUGUCAAAUUUUUCGUGUGAAAAUGUAACAUAGAUAUAAUACAACUUGAAAUCUGUAAAAAAAAAUGCACUGAACUCACUUUUCAAUCAAAACAGAAUCGAGUUGAGUAAAAGAUAAAUCACGUCUUAAAUAUGUACCUUACUAUUUUCUGUCUCUCUAGAUCUCUCUCUCUCUCUCUCUCAUUCUCUCUCUCUCUGUGUCUUCUCUCUCUCUCUCUCUCUCUCUCUCUCUCUCUCUCUCUCCCUCUCUCUCUCUUUCUCUAUCUGGCGGAGAAUUCUCUACAAUGGGUGUUUAAAAUGAUUAAGUAUUGAUCGAUGUAAAGGUCAAAUAACAUGCUAUAGAUAUGGCAUUUGAUGUAAAACUUUUAUAUAAUGAUAACUAGAUCCUACCAGGGCAUUUAAAUGUGCUUAAAAAAGUUCAUGCAGCCAGGGCAUGCUACAAGGCCCCAUGCGUUACCAAGUAUUGUAGAAUUGUAUUAUGGAAUUGUAAAGAUAGAUUAACAUAAAAUGUCAAUUUAUAUCAUAUAUUGUCUGAUUCACUCAUCAGAUAUAGUGAAUCGUAUAUGUAAUUGGUAACUUUGGGGACAAAAUAGCUUGGAUUUGUCCAGUAAUAUAAUCGUCAUCUCAAUUUGUGUCCCCUGAUAGCUUCAAUAUGAUAAACAAGACAAUGUCAGACUCAGUAGUGAGUUAUGAAUAGCCUUUUGCUCAAACUUCAACAUGAUCUCAAUGAGGUAUUAUUACCUUGAUUUAAAGCCCAUUGUAUUUCACAUAUUCCAUGUGUCUAAUAGAUUACUGUGACCUUUCAAGUCAUUAUUAACAUGUACAGAAUCCAUAGUCCCAUUUAAAUCAGCAUUAUGCAGUGUGUAUGAAAUGAAGAUUCACAUUAUGAAGUCCAUGAUUCCAAUACCCUGUAUUUUAAAGUUCAUCAGCUUUGAAUCAAACCAGCACAAUAAUUGCAUAUUUCUCAAACCAAACUAUUAUCAUGAUACAAGAGUAGCAAGUUAUUUCAUGCUGGAAAUGUAUAUCCUUUAAGUGUACUACCAUUAAACAUCUCCUAAUAUCUCUAUUUCUCUUGCAUAAUUUACAUUUAAAAUGAAGAAUUCCUUUUGUGAUGUGUGUGUGUACCUGUGUAUUUAUAGGUUUCUUAUAUUUGCACCCACAGUAUAUAUUAUUUAACAAAAAGACAACUCCUAUGUUCUCUUGUGGAUUGACACGAGUAUUAGAAUGACAUGAAUUAAUGGGCUUAAAGGCGGGAUAUAUUUGGCUAAAAUGUAAUAAUGAAGUGUAAAGCAUGUACAGACUAAUCUCACUUAUUGUCACACAGCCGUGGAAUAGUCGCUUAUACAAUAAAAAAUGCUGUAUGCAAGUUA